AUGGAGACAACCCAGGCUAAGACCAUUACCUUAUUUGUAUGCGAAAAGGGGACUUCUUGGGGAUUAAAAUUCGUCAUCUGUAUUGCCUGUACUCAUAAACCUAGGGCUUCCACAAACUUUUCCUCCUCAUCUUGUGUUAGCAUGUCAAUCACGUAUUGCCUUCUCGUCUUCAUCGUCAUGGGCCUUUCUUUGCAUAUAUGCGAUGGCCGACACCUCACGGACAUGGACAAGAAGCCGGUGAAGAGAACUACCUCAUCUAGCAAGAGCGGCGUGAAGACAGGACUUGAUAGAGUCAAUACCACCUCAAAUUUCAAGUCCAUGCAAAGAAAUACCAGCUUCAAUAAUGAAGGCAGCAAUGCAGAAACCCCAGUGGCCAAAAAACCUGAAAAGGCGAUGGUUCAGACGAGAACAACUCAGAAGCUGAUGACGAUGAGGAAAGAUGCGAAAGGAAAGAUAAGAGGUCCAUCUCAUCAUCAUCAAAAUGUGUCGUCUCUCGUGUCGGUUUCAUGGCGUGUGCCUCGGAAGAUACCGACCGAGAAACAUCCUGGGCUAGAUUCCGAUUACUGCCCGCCGAAGACGCACCCUCCAUCUCACAAUUGA